AUGGCUGCGAUCGGAGCGCCCGGUGUCGUAUUUCAUGCCGUCCGAUUGGAGGCCACUGGCUCCGGCAACGGUGCUCCUCCUCCUCCACGGAAUCCCAGCCCAGCCGCGACGCCUCUUCUCUCCGUUUCCAGGCCCUCUUGGAUAGUCAGAACGGAGUCAAAUGUUAGAAAAGAAAGAAAGAAGAGGCCGGAUCCACCUUGUGUAGUAUGCUCAGGCACCGGAAGAGUUGAUUGCCACCAUUGUUGUGGAAGAGGUAGGACGAAUUGUAUCCAUCUGGAAAUGCUUCCAAAAGGGGAAUGGCCAAAAUGGUGCAGGACCUGUGGGGGUAGUGGCCUCAGCUAUUGUUCUCGUUGUCUUGGGACGGGAGAGUACAGAUACAUAAUGGGCUUCCAUUUCAUGAAGAGAGAAACAAAUGAAGAUCCAGAUCAGCUAAAGAACGGCUCUUGAUCAAGAAAGAAAAUUAUAACAACGUGAAAAUAUUGUUUUUGUGGGGAGGAUGCGAGAUGGAACUUAGACGACAAGUACCAGCCAGGGUCAUGAAAUGAGAUUUCAUUUUGUGCUCGUGUUUUCGUACUAAUAUUUUAAUGGUGAUCCAAAUAUCUAGUGUCAGAUUUGCUACAUAAAUAGAAAUCUGACUUUCUUAAAUCUGCAGCCAUGGUUGCUCGCCU